CAGCUUUUAUCAAUUCGGUGUUGAGCAUUUCCAAAGGGAGACUUGUAAGAAAAGCCUGCACUGCUGGUUAUGAAUUCGGAUCAGUAACCAUUUAGUACUCUAUUUAUGAUUCGGAGGGCGAGGUCGAUAAUGUACGACUGCACGAUACAGUUGGUCUAAUGGAGAACCAAGAUCAAGGUUUUAAUCCACAGAACUUGAUCCCUCUGAUUGACGGUCAUAUUAAAAAAGGAUAUGCGUUUCAAAACAAUAGAGGCAUAACUGAGUCCGAUCCAUACUAUCGUCAGAACAGCACGAGAAAUGAUAAGAUAAACUGCGUAGUCUUCGUAGUGGACGCAUCUACAUUGGAUGUACUACCAUAUGAGUACACACAAAAAAUACGAGCUUUACAAGACAUUCUCGUUCCCAAAGGUAUUCCUCAAGUUUUAAUACUUGCAAAAUGUGAUAAGCUGUGUAAACUUGUUAACAAAAACACAGCCGAUAUAUUUCGGAGUACACUCAUCGAGGCAUGUGUAGAGUAUGCUGCAUGUAGAUUCGGAAUUCAACAAAGCUUUAUUCAUCCAGUCGUCAGUUAUGAAAACCGUCUAGAUUCUGGCGUACAUAAAAAUGUAAACAUCCCUAUCUUGCUCGCGCUUCGGCAGAUGGUUCACUUUGCGGGAGACUAUCUUGAGAAUGGGGAACAAAGAGAAAGACGAAGUCAGGUUGACGAGAUAUAGAUGUAGACUGAUAAUGUUGAUUAAGUUAAAGUGUUUUAUAGAUUGUAUACAUUUUCAUCAUAUUAGAAAAGGUUUAGAAGACAAUGCUGAAAAGCAUUCUGGAGGCUGAUAGGAUUUCAAAUUUGUCUGCUUUAAUCUACAUUGUCUAACAAUUUGGGCGUUUGACCUUUCAGUGAGACAAGUUAUGAUCUUUGAAUGCUAUUAUAUAAGAUGAAGAUAACCACAAAAACGUUAACACAAGUUUCAAAGUAAUUCAAGAUUUGAGAAUGUAUAUGAUGCAUAUUAAAUGUUGUAGUUAGUACAAAGACAUGAAUGAAUUUAGGCCCAAUUUCACAAAAGGUUAUACGUUUCAUAUAAAUGCUCGCAACAAUAUUUUGGUACCCAUUUUUUGUUUGUGUUAUUGAUGCAAAGAUAGUCCUUAAUGAUUAAGCUGUUACAGUAUAUACCUACAACUGUUGCAAGGAAUACCGCCAACAAAAAUCUCAUUAUUUCUCUGGGAGAAUUUAGUCAAAGUUUCGGACACGGGUGUUAAGUUUGCAGUGGAUGCAUAUAUGACUAAAUCACUAAAAACAUUUAAGGGCAGUCACCGAAAUGGCCCGAAAUCGCACACAAGUUUAAUAUUUCAAUAUUUCUCUAGGAUGAGGUAGAUGACAUAGCGGUUUUGAAGACUAAAGUUUGGGACUCGGCGUUUUUGUCUACACUUGAUCCUUAGACAGUUUGUAAUGACAUAUUACUAUUGAAACAUCUUGGAACGGUAUCCAGAAUAUUUGGACCAAGAUAUUAUGCUUGCAAUUAGUUCAAGGCAGUCCCCGAUUACUUGGGAACUUUAUGAUAUAUAGAGAAUAACAGGCUACUGUCUUGAUAUCAAUGUUAUCAGGCUGAGGUUGAUAUGGGUUGGAAGACAACCGAACCUAUUCCGCCCAUAUCUAACGAGCCUGAUAACAUUGAUAUCAAAAGACAGUUGUCUGUUGUUCUAUUUAUCGUGAAACGCAUACAGCCUGCCUUUAACAACAUGGGUCCCCAUCUCUAUUUUGUAAAAUUAACUUCUGAUGCAAUGAAGAAAUGAAUUUAUACUUUGCGUAUUUGAAAAUUCAUCCAUCCAAAGCCGUAUGGCAACCAUUUUGAGUUCAACUUGAACAAUGAUUAUUGUCAUUUUGAUAUUCGUAUAUAAUCAGAUAAACUUGUACCUGCGUUAAAAUAGAAAAAAAAAUGCUUUA